AUGGCUGACGAUGGCGAUGUCUACGAAUUGUAUCGAUACGUGCCAUCUCUCCCAGCAGCCCUGGUAGCAUGCGUCGUCUUCGCUCUUCUGACUAUCGGUCAUAUAUGGCGCAUGGCACGAAGUAAGACGUGGUUCUGCAUACCUUUCAUUAUUGGAGGCUUGUUCGAGUUCAUCGGAUACAUUGGCCGCUGUCUAUCGCAUUUUGAUAAGGAGGCGCUUGGCCCGUUUAUCAUACAAUCACUCCUCAUACUGCUCGGUCCCGCCCUCUACGCUGCCUCGGUUUACAUGGUCUUGGGACGAAUCAUCUCAGCCUUGGAUGCGGAGAGGCUAUCCCUGGUGCCCGCCCGGUGGCAGACGCGGCUCUUCGUUUGCGGUGACGUAUUGUCGUUCCUUACUCAGAUGGCCGGUGGGGGCAUACAAGCUUCAGGCAGUCUAUCGGGUAUGCAUACUGGAGAGAAGAUCAUUAUCGUUGGUCUCUUCAUGCAGAUUGUCUUCUUCGGAGUAUUCACGGCCACCUCCUUGGUGUUCAACCGACGUAUACGACGACACCCCACUACACUGUCUACCGAGAACAGAUUCCCAUGGCAACACCUUCUAUACAUGCUCUACGCCGUCAGCAUUCUCAUCCUGGUUCGAAGCGUCUUCCGAGUGGUUGAGUACCUGCAAGGUAAUGCUGGAUAUCUGCUGCGUCACGAGCUCUAUCUUUAUGUUUUUGAUGCGGUCCUGAUGGCCCUUUGUAUGGCCAUAUUUCUGUUCUACCAUCCAUCAAGAAUUCACGCCGGCCGGGGCAAUGCGAAUGUCAUACCGAUGCGAGACUCGGAGAGACUGCCGUCGAAAGAGAGUGACAGCAGAGCUGGCUUGGUCUGA